AUGAUAUCUAUGAUGAUAAGACCCGACCCAAACCACUUUGAAAUCUUCAUCGAACCCUAUGAGUACUGUUGGAUACGCACAGGGUUCGAUGCAGAUUCCACAGUGGAAUUUGGGUCGGGUUCAUAUGAUGCUCUUAUACUUUCAAAGGAGAGUAUAAAACUGAACGCACCUUUGCUAAGUGCUGCCAUCUACUAUUGGAAUAUUACUUCCAAUACCUUUGAUUUCGGGUUAGGGCCCAUGACUCCCGCAAUUUUGGAUGUGGCAUCCCUAUUUGAGUUUCGUCCCUGUGGAGUAAACAUAGACGUUCUCGGGGAUUAUGAGAGAAAUGGGCAAAAAGUUAAGACCUGGAUCUGGCCUACCAAAAUAGAAAUACUAAGGAAUAUGAAAUAUUCUGUGUUUAUGGAGUCAUAUACGAAUAUGCUAGAUAAGGAGCAGGAACAUGAGAUUUUCUUGCUAUUUUGGCUAAACAAGUUCAUCUUCCCUUGCCCUGAAGGAUUUGUAACGGGCGAGUAUAUGUAUCUGGUAGAAGCCUUACCAAUGAAGAUAAUGUAG